AAAAACGACCCGCGAAAAAAAAAAAAAAAAAAAAAAAAGGAAAUCGACGACUCAUAAGCCAAACGUACGCUUCGGCUAUCGUGUCAGAAACUCAGAUCCAAUUCCAGCUCCCCCCUCCCCCAACUGUAUCUUCCUCCACACUCCUCUCUCUCUAGUCGCUACAUUUCCCCACUCUUUACUUUUCCCUCAUUUCACUUUUCCUAUUUACCAAACACACGCACUCUCUCUCUCUCUCUCUCUCUCUCACAAAGCUAAAACUUGGUGGUUGGCUCCGCCUCCAUUUCGUUAUCAUCAACUCCUCCUUCGAGUCCACUCUCUCUGCAACCAAAUUAAAGUGUCGGUGGUGGGAUCGGAUUGCAUUGGUUGUUUCUCUCUCCUAAAUACUUAUUUUAUCUCUAUUACUGCAAUUUCUAUAGAGAUUAAUAGAACUUUUCGGCUCCUCUGCACUUUCUGCUCUUGGGAUUUUGCUCACUCAUGCAAUGGUCACCUGAGAGGCAGCAAGUGGGUUGGAGUGGUUGGUUGGGGAGGUGAAUCAUGGACCACAAGCCAUGGCUUUGGAGGAAGAAGUAUGCAGAUAAAACCAAUGCAGCUGCAGCAGCAGGAGACAAAUUGAGUGUCUCAGUCAAAGGAAAUGAGGAAGAGAUGGAGGCACUUCAGGCUGAGAAGGCAGAGUUGGAGAAUAACCUGAAAACCCUCAGUGAUAAGCUUGCUUCAACUCUCUCUGAAUGUAACAGUAAAGAUGCACUUGUGAAAAAACAUGCCAAAAUGGCACAGGAAGCUGUUCAAGGCUGGGAGAAGGUAGAAGCAGAUGCGGGAUUUCUGAAGCAUGAAUUGGAUAAAGCUUUCCAAGUCAGAGCAGCUGGCGAAGAAAGAAUAGCUCAAUUGGAUGGUGCGCUCAAGGAAUGCAUGCAGCAGCUACGAUUUGUUAGAGAAGAACAAGAACAAAGGGUUCACGAGGCUGUGAUGAAGACAUCAAGAGAAUUCGAGAAAUCGCAGGUAGUGUUGGAGGAGAAGUUAGCAGAGGCCACUAGAAGGGUUUCUAAAAUCAGUGCUGAAAACACCCGUAUAAGUAACGCUCUUUUAGUGAAGGAAAAGUUGAUAGAAGAUUUAAGAAAACAAUUGACAAAGGUGGAAGCUGAUUUCAAUGCACUCACGACUAGAUUAGAAUCCACUGAGAAAGAUAAUGCUUCUUUGAAAUAUGAGGUUCGGGUGCUCGAGAAAGAGCUUGAGAUCCGGAAUGAAGAGAGAGAAUUCAAUCGUCGAACCGCUGAUGCAUCACACAAGCAGAACUUGGAGGGUGCAAAGAAAAUUGCAAAGUUAGAAUCAGAAUGUCAGAGGUUGCGGCUCCUAGUCCGGAAGCGGUUGCCAGGCCCUGCUGCUCUGGCAAAAAUGAAAAUUGAAGUGGAAAUGCUAGGACGGGACUCUGUUGACGUGGGGAGGAGAAAGUUGAAUGACUCUACAGUUGAUAACUUUCCUGAGACUCCCAACAAAAAGGUUAACAUUUUGACAGAGCAGUUAUAUGCUAUGGAAGAAGAAAACCAGACUCUCAAGGAAGCACUCAAUAAAAAGAUAAAUGAACUCCAGUUCUCUAGAAACAUGUAUGCCCGUGUAGCUUCUAAAUUAUCACAAUCUGAAACACCACAUGAAGAAUCGUUAAAAGGCCAGGAAACCAUGGAGUCAAUGAGGAGUAGUCUUAUGUCACAUGAAGUCUCCGUAGCAUCUAUGUCUGAUAUUGGCAGCGAUGAUAAGGUUAGCUGUGCUGAUUCAUGGGCAUCUGCCUUGAUUACGGAACUGGAGCACUUUAGAACUGAAAAACAAAAAGGGUCUCUGACGAGCAAAACUGUCGGAGCUUCAGACAUAAAUCUGAUGGAUGACUUUGUUGAAAUGGAAAAAUUAGCAGUUGUUUCUGCUGAUAAACAAAGUUUCAGUUCUCCUGUUCCUUCAGUUAAGGCAUUUGUUGCACCCAUGGAAACAGAGUAUUCCUCCGAACUUUUGGGUAGCAAGAUGGUCCCUAUUUCAGACAGUGAGUCAGGCCUCAGUAUGUCAAACAGGGAGACCAGGUUUAACAACAUUGUCGAUGGCAAAACUCCUCAAUGGGUUGAGGAUAUGGUGAAACUGGUGGUGGAGCACAACCGUGUUGCAGGAAGAAACCCUGAAGAGAUACUCGAGGAUAUAAGAAUAGCUUUGGCAUGUACAGAAGAUCCAAAGCCAUGUGAAUUGGUUAAUGCGAGGACAAAUGGAAGCCAUUUUGAGGUGUUGAAUCCUUCCUCCGUUAAGAGCUGCACCUCAUGGAAAGGUUCAGAUAGAUCUCUAGUAACUGAUUCACCCAGAGGAGUAAGUGAUGUGGACAUCUCAAGCUCACAGAAGAGUAAUCCGCAGUUCCAGCAAGAUCUGAGUAAGUCCAUUUGUAAAGUAAUUGAGCUUAUUGAAGGAAUCAAUGUGCCAUCUCCAGAUUAUAACCCCGAGAAUGGGUCCAGGAAGGAUGGGAACGUGUCCACAUAUGUAAAUUCGGAAAACACAGGCUACAUAGUUCGUGUUUUCCAGUGGAAAACUUCUGAACUCGGUGAUCUUCUACAACAGUUUGUUCAUGCAUGCUAUGAUUUAUUGAAUGGAAAGGCCGGUCUUGAAAAAUUUGCCCAAGAAUUAACUACAGCUUUGGAUUGGAUUUUAAACCACUGCUUUUCGCUUCAAGAUGUUUCAAGCAUGAAGGACGCAAUUAAGAAGGAAUUUGAUUGGGAUGAUACACGAAGUGAAACUGAAACAGAAGUUGGAGUAGUUGGUCACUUUUCAAAUGGCCAUAGUGUACAAAUAGAAGAGCUGCAGGCCAAUCUGGUCAAAGAAAACAGAAAAUUAAAGAACGAAUUGGUGAAUUUAGAAUCUGAAAGGAGAGAGUUGGAAGGGAGACUUCAGUCGGCUAGUGAUAAGAGCGAAUACCUGAUGAACCAGCUCAAGGAAUCUGAAAAAGCAAUUGCCAGCUUGAGAACAGAGUUACAAAGUUUACGAGAGUCAAAGGAAAUCGUUGAAGACCAGAUUAAAAAUCACCAGGUGAUGAAUGAAGAUCUUGAAACGCAGCUUGCGGAGGCCAGAGUUGAAUUAAGUGAAGCUCGCCAAAAGUUUUUGUCCCUAGAAGUUCAACUGAUGAAUAAAAAAAAAUGCUGUGCAGAGUUGGAGGCUACAUGCUUGGAACUACAGCUUCAGCUUGAUAGUGUGAAGAAGAAAAGCUCAAAUUCUGAUCUCCAUCGGGAGGAAAGGCAAGCCCAAUAUGAUUGGGAUAUAACAGCUGCUUCAGAAAAGUUGGCUGAAUGCCAAGAGACAAUACUUAACCUCGACAAGCAGUUUAAGGCAAUGGCUGCACCAAGGGAAGCAGCUCUUUUUGACAAGGUCAUCACUAAUCCCACUGAUACAGAUACCCCCACGGCCAAAGCCAGAAGCCCAACCCCACACAAAAACGCAAACCAACGGUCCUCGUUACUAGAUAAAAUGUUAGCAGAAGACGGUGCUGACAUCAAGGAGUUUACCUCUCCAAUUUCAAAAGGGGUUUCAACUUCCACAUUCAGUACUAAAAGGGUAAUAGAGCCCCUCGAGAAUAUCCUUGUUCUAAAUAGUAAAUAUCAGGAUGACAAUGCAGCUGUUGGUUCAUUAGCUAUAGUGCCCGGAAAGAAACUGGGAGGUGGGAGAUUAUGGAGAAAGCUAGUGUGGAGAAAGAAGAAAGGUAACAGCCAAAAGGCACCCCUUUCGAUAGCCCCAUGACCAAAUCUCCAUCAUAUGAUAUCGCGAUAACGUCGGUGUUCCUUGCUCUGUUGUGAUGGCAGUUCUGUUUGUUACGUCCCUUGUAUUUGGAAAUAAUAAGGUUAUGGCUGCUGUUGGUCAUUUGAGAGAUACUGGAGAAUGCGUGAAUGAGGUUGUGUAUUACUGCUGUAUAUACAUAUUGUAGGAAACUCAGAAUUUGAAACAAUUUCGGCACGCGAGAAGUUUGACAUUUUUGUAUACCCUCAUCAUGUAUUUCCUAGUUUUGUACACGUAAUUUUCCCAAUAAAUAAAUAUGGUUUUGUUGUGAAA